CAGCUACGUACCCGAUCCCAGACACCAUGUCCCCGCAGUCCAACUCUGGAGAGCAGCCCAUCUCUGCGCAACCUCCCCUCGACAUUGUUGAACAAGGCAAGCAGAAACUGGAGUCCCUCCAGUCCGAACUCGAACAAGCCCGCCAGCAACGUCUUAUGGCUGAAAAGAUGGCGACAUACUGGAAGUCAUCAAGCGAGAACCUACGACAGGUGUCCAUAAAGAGGAACAAAUCGUACAAGGACUUGAAGAAGUCGAAUGAGGAGCUUGUCAAAGCGAAUCAAGACCUGAAGAAGGCGUUUGAAGACAUGCGCAAGGAAAGAGACAAUGUCAAAAUGGAGCGCAACCUCGUUCAGAAGGAAAAGGAUGGCCUUGAGAAACGCCUCCACGAUCUGUUUGCGGGAUUCUGA